AUGGACAAUAUAACUGAAAAUAAUAAUAUUGAUUCUAACAAAACGGAAGAUUUUGAUCUCCAUGAUCCUUUUGAAGAGGCUGAACAAUGUUUGAAAAUAAAAUUACCUGAAGGGCUAAAAAAAAUUUUCAUUUUCAAUGGAUUCAACAAUAAAUAUAUACUUUCCAAAUUGGAAGAAACUGAAAUAUUAGAUACCGAAACAUUUGCAAGAGAAUUACUUCCGGAUCUUAUAUAA